AAUACAUUCAAUAGAAACUUUGAUAAGAAGGAAACAAAACUUUGUGUUCGCUUUAUUUUUUUUUUUCUCAAUGUUGGACUCGUGGAUGUGAUGAACUAAAUAUAUCAUAUUAAGGGCAUGUUGCAAACACGAAUGAAUGAAUGUCUUCGUUUACGGGUGCACGUUCAAAAUCAAAUGCUAACUCUAACUCUGAAAUGACCAAAGCCAACGACGUUACCCUCAGCCCCGUCAACUCAAGCGUUUCAUCAAACUCGCAAGACACUAGUGCCAAUAAGAAUGAGAAGAAAAAGAAGUCUAUCCUUCCAAAGAUUUUCGGAUCAAAGCGAAAUGGGAGAGGCUCGGAAGAAGAUGCACUCAAACCAUCAAGUGCAGAAGAAGGAGAUGGAUUUACUCUUGAUUUGGAGAAGAAGAUCGAGACGAGAAGAAAAGCAUUUAUGGAAGCCUCCCCCAUCAUGAGAAAAAGUUUCUCAGAAAGGGAGACUAGCCCUGGGAUUGAAGGCCUAAACUUGUCCAAUUUUGAACGCCCUAUGGCUCCGGAAACUGAACUUCAGAGUUUCAGGAUCUUUGUUGCGACGUGGAAUGUGGGAGGAAAGUCACCAAAUUAUGACCUCAACCUCCAAGAUUUCUUGCUAGUGGAGGGCUCCGCAGAUAUUUAUGUCUUGGGUUUUCAGGAAAUUGUUCCUCUGAGUGCUGGGAAUGUUUUAGUAAUAGAAGACAAUGAACCUGCUGCAAAGUGGCUAGCAUUGAUACAUCAAGCACUAAACAGACCAAGAAAUGAGUAUAGUGAUUCUUCUGACUCGGGAAGUGGCUCCAAAGCGCAUAGUAGCUCGAAGGAGACGAAGUCCCCUGCAAGUUUGAAUUUCUUUCAGAAGCCUUCUCUUAAAGUUAUCAGUAGGAACUUCAGGGCAGAGGGUAGCAGCCUCCUUAAGGCUUGCAAUUGUCCUGUGGAAUCUCCAUCAAGGGAGCGACGGAGAAUAAGAAAGUUUAGUGACCCUAUGAACAAGUUAGAUAAUGAGAUUCGUGGUGAGGACACCGUGGAAGAGUUGCUUUCAAUUGCGGAAAUACCCUCUUCUCCUAGCCAAAGCAGAUACUCCCUUAUAUCAAGUAAGCAAAUGGUUGGGAUUUUUCUCACCAUUUGGACUAAGAAGGAGUUAGUGCCACACAUCGGACAUCUUAGAACAGAUUCUGUUGGGAGAGGAAUCAUGGGUUGCUUAGGUAACAAGGGGUGUAUAUCAAUGAGCAUGUCAUUACAUCAAACGAGUUUUUGUUUCGUCUGUAGUCACUUGGCUUCUGGGGAGAAAGAGGGCGAUGAGCUCAAGAGAAAUGCUGAUGUGUCUGAGAUCCUCAAAAGCACACAAUUCCCUAGGAUUUGCAAGAAUCCUUGCCGUCGAGCGCCUGAUAAGAUCGUUGACCAUGAUCGGAUAAUAUGGCUGGGAGAUUUGAAUUACCGAGUGGCUUUGACUUAUGAAGAAACAAGGGUUCUGUUGGAGGAUAACGACUGGGACACUUUGUUAGAGAAAGAUCAAUUGAACUUGGAAAGAGACGCAGGAAGGGUUUUUAACGGUUUCAAAGAGGGUAGGAUUGUUUUUGCUCCCACUUACAAGUAUUCACAUAAUUCAGACUCUUAUGCUGGUGAGACUGUCAAGUCAAAGAAAAAACGCCGAACACCCGCAUGGUGUGAUAGGAUAUUGUGGCGUGGCAACGGCAUUGAACAAUUAUCAUACAUCCGUGGAGAAUCAAGAUUUUCUGACCACAGACCUGUUUGUGCUGUCUUUUCUGUGGAUGUGGAAGUAAGAAGCAGAAACAACAGGUUCAGGAAGGGCUAUUCCUACACAAGCCCAAGGCUUGAAUACGAAGACUUCAUACCUCAAAGGCAUAGUUUUUAUGAUUAUUAAUUAAAGCCUCAAAUCAAACUUGUAUAUU